AUGGCUUCAAAAUCACCAAGCAGUAACAAUCUCUUGACCAGUGGCUUCAUGGCAAGCCUCAUAGAGAGCCUCUUCCCCUCUUCUGCAGGACCCCCCUCGGUCGCAUUCCUGCUGUACCUCACCCCGUUUGUCGCGCAGGCAUUCAAAGACUCUUUCAAGACGCAGUUCGUCUCGACUGUCGAGAUUAAAGCGGACGAUGAGAUCUUUACCUACGUCAUGGGCUGGGUCGCCAGGAAUAGCAAACUUUCGCGCAACAACCAUCGCCUUCUUGCUUCAAGUAGCACCAGCAGUGACGAACAUACCCUGAUUGGCCUCAGACAGAAGCAGGAUGAUAGCGAUGUCGAUGAUGCAGCUGACAACCUCGAUGGUGAAGAGAGUCUGGAUGCUUUGAGAUCAAAUAUAUCGCUCUACAAUGCACGCCCCCUCCAUUGGACGCCUUCUAUGGGGACGCAUCUUUUCACGUUCGAAGGCUGUCUCAUCUCGUUUACAAGAGUUAUUGAGACUUCCGAACCGGCUAUGUUCGGCCGCCGAUCAGAGCACGUCAAGAUGUCCUGCCUCGGCAGAAACCCCGAGGUUCUCAAGCGUAUUAUCUACAAUGCGCGCUUCGAAUACCUCGAGAAGCAGCGUGGUCGGACGAGCAUCUACCGUGCCGUCAAAGCUUACGGCGAUGACCUCGCCUGGACAAAGUGUAUGUCCAAGCCUACGCGGCCCAUGUCGACCAUCGCGCUGGACGAGGCACUCAAGAAGGGUCUCAUCAAGGAUCUCUCACGCUAUCUGAAUCCCCGCACCAAGAAUUGGUAUGCGACGAGGGGAAUCCCGUACCGUCGAGGCUAUCUCUUCUCUGGCCCGCCAGGUACCGGAAAGACAAGUCUGACCCUUGCAGCUGCUGGACUCAUGGGCCUGAACAUCUACAUGAUCAGUCUGAGCUCGCCAAAUCUGUCGGAAGACAGUCUAGCCACGUUGUUCCGCGACCUGCCCAGGACGUGUCUAGUUCUGCUGGAGGAUAUUGAUGCAGCGGGCAUUAGCGACAAGCGAAAGAAGGCCAAAGACGAAAAAGACGGCCCGCCCAAACCUCAGCGGGAACCCAUCUCGCUAUCUGGAUUGCUCAACGUCAUCGAUGGCGUUGGCGCACAAGAGGGCCGAGUGCUAGUCAUGACAUCCAACCACAUCGAAAACAUAGACCCAGCCCUCCUACGACCCGGCCGAGUUGACUUUUCUGUCGAGUUCGGCCUGGCAUCCUCCGAGACCAUCACUCAAUUAUUCAAGUUGAUGUACGGGACUUCAUACGACAACGUUGGAGAGAAAGAAGCGGAAAAGUCGAUCUCUACGACAGCUUCCAUCGACGCUUUGGCAGAGGAGUUUACGCGAAAGGUUCCUGAGCUGGUGUUUAGUCCUGCGGCUAUGCAGGGAUAUAUGCUCAUGUAUCAGGAUGAUCCGCUUGGUGCUGUUGAUGCCAUUGGCGGGUGGGUUGAUGAACAGCAGAAGACAAAUGAGAAGGCUGAGACGGUUGAGAUCUCUGGAGAUAAGGAAGUGAAGACUAGCACUAAUUCUGAGAGUGAGGCGGAGAAAACUGAGACUUUGGAAACAACAAAGUCUUCAGAGAUGACGAAUGGAGCAUGA